AGAAGGGCAUGGCUAGCUCGGCCCCGUGGAUCCCUCCGCCUGCGUUUUCUGUGCUGAGGCCGAGGUAGCCGCCAUUUUGGAUGCUGGGCUUUGAUUCUGAAGUCAGUUUCUGCGGUUUUCACGCUUGAAUUCGGUCAGGAAGAAUAGCACAGCAUGCUGGGCUCUGGAUUUAAAGCUGAGCGUUUACGAGUCAACUUGAGAUUAGUAAUAAACCGUCUUAAACUAUUGGAGAAAAAAAAAACGGAACUGGCCCAGAAAGCGAGGAAAGAGAUUGCAGACUAUCUGGCUGCUGGGAAAGAUGAACGAGCUCGGAUCCGAGUGGAGCACAUUAUACGAGAAGACUACCUGGUGGAGGCCAUGGAAAUCCUGGAGCUGUACUGCGACCUGCUGCUGGCUCGGUUUGGCCUCAUUCAGUCCAUGAAGGAGCUAGAUUCUGGUCUGGCUGAAUCUGUGUCUACACUUAUCUGGGCUGCUCCUCGACUCCAGUCAGAAGUGGCUGAGUUGAAAAUAGUCGCUGAUCAGCUUUGUGCCAAGUAUAGCAAGGAGUAUGGCAAGUUAUGUCGGACCAACCAGAUUGGAACUGUGAAUGACAGGCUAAUGCACAAACUGAGUGUGGAAGCCCCACCCAAAAUCCUGGUGGAGAGAUACCUGAUUGAAAUUGCCAAGAACUACAAUGUGCCCUAUGAGCCUGACUCUGUGGUCAUGGCAGAAGCUCCCCCUGGGGUAGAGGCAGAUCUUAUUGAUGUUGGAUUCACAGAUGAUGUGAAGAAAGGGGGCCCUGGAAGAGGAGGAGGGGGCGGGUUCACAGCACCAGUUGGUGGACCUGACGGAACAGUGCCAAUGCCCAUGCCCAUGCCCAUGCCAUCUCCAAAUACUCCUUUCUCAUACCCACUUCCAAAGGGACCAUCGGAUUUCAAUGGAUUGCCAAUGGGGACUUAUCAGGCCUUUCCCAACAUUCAUCCACCUCAGAUCCCAGCAACUCCCCCAUCGUAUGAAUCUGUUGAUGACAUUAAUGCUGAUAAGAAUGUCUCUUCUGCACAGAUUAUUGGUCCUGGACCCAAGCCAGAAGCCUCUGCAAAGCCCCCUUCCAGACCUGUGGAUACCUAUGACAACUUUGUACUACCGGAGUUACCAUCUGUGCCAGAUACACUACCAACUGCAUCUGCUGGUGCCAGUACCUCAGCCUCUGAGGACAUUGACUUUGAUGACCUUUCCCGGAGAUUUGAAGAGUUGAAAAAGAAAACUUAGGCCAAUUUGGGAGCUAAUACUGAGCAGUUUCUCCUAACGAAGAAUCUCCAUGAAAUUCUGUUUCAUCUCUUAACCAUCACCAAGCACACUCUUCCUCUAGGCUUUCUUCCUGCUCUACCAAAUUCUGCUGCUUUCCAGUUCUUUAUUGCUUCUAAGAGACGAACGACUGGAGACACUGAGGCCGGAGCAGCUGGCUCCUGUAAACUGUGCUUGUCCGUUUCCUGUCAGUGUGAUGCCUGUCUCACCAUCCCUCCACAGGGGAGUGAGAAGGUAAAAAGCAUUGUGGGAAGAGCUGCCAAAGAUGGCUGGACAAUGGAACAGAGUACUUCAUGAAGUAUCUCCACCCUGUGCUAUGGUUCUAGACAUAGAAAUAAACCUCUCUGUAUAGAGGGAUUGCGGUGAGUGAGGAUCAAGGCCAAGGUGUAUGUUUUCUCACUCUAAUAUGAAUGGGAGAGAGAGUAAAUGACUCAGGAAGCCAUUGUAACAGUUCUUGGAAGCUGGGUCCUCUCAUUGGCAUAUACACUACUCCUUGCUGUAGGGCACUAUUCUACCUGGAUCCAGUUGCAAGUUUUUUUGGAAAGUUGAAGGCCUCUUUUAGUUCUGCUGGAUUCUCAGGGAGCCCUCUGUGGCCUUUUGCUUUAUUUGAGUGCUGUGUUUUCCUUUUACCAGAGGGCAGCAAUGUAUCAAUUCCUGUUUUUCCCAUAGCAUGUUCUGUUGGAUUGCAUUACUGACGGACAGGUCACAAAUUGGGCAGAAGUCACCAUUCAAGGCUAAGGUGGGCUUCCAGUUGCCUUAAUAGAAGUAUUCAAGUCUCUUGAAUAGUGAGUUGGAAAGCCUACAAGAGAAGAGGGGUCCCUGUUUUCAUUUGAAAACUUUACGAUUAAGAGAACCUUUAAAAACUGAUUUCAUACAUUUUGGUGCCCAGGUGGCUGUAGUUCGCUGCUUUCCUGGAUGGACAAGACUCUUCCUGUUGUAACUUAUGUGUUCCUUUGCCCUCUAGGUAAGGCCAUCCUUUCCCACAGGGAUGGCUUUGGGAUCGGAAGAUAAUGACUUUGGCUUCUGUGUAAUGGAUCUGUACAUACUUGUUUCAAGCAACUUUUCUUUAAUGUUUUUGAUUGGUUUGUAUCUCAGACAUAACUCAGUAGCUGAUAAUAAAGUUAAAAAUUCUG